AUGGCGUUUUAUACUUUCAUGGCACUUGAUUUAUUGUGCUUAAAAAACCCCCACGAAACUAUUUUGAGAUCGAGAUUCGCAGAAAUUAAAAGAAAUGAUACAGCCGGCGGCAGCGGCGGCGGCCACAGAGGUACAGGUGCCUCCGCCAGGCGACAGCCGCCUGCCAGCCCGCCGGCCCUGGCACCAGGCCUUCACGCCCCUCUCCCGCCUCACACUCCGGCCUCCCCACCGCCCGGCCAAAUGCAGGCCGUCGCCCUCCCCGAGGAGAUCCGUUGGCUCAUGGAAGAUGCUGAGGAGUUCUUGGGGGAAGGUUUGCGGAAUGAGAAUCUCAGUGCUACUGCGAGGGACCACAGAGACCAUAUUCUACGGGGUUUCCAACAAGUCAAAACUAGGUACUAUUGGGAUAUUCAGCCCCAAGGGGGAGACCAAGCUGAAAGUUACCUUGGACAGGACAGCUCUGAUGAUAAUCAGAGUGGAACUCACCGCCCUUCUCUCACAUCCGAUGCCCCUUUUUUGCCUGAUUAUCAGGAUGAGGGAGUGGAAGACAUCAUAAGAGGAGCUCAAGAACUUGAUAACAUCAUCAAGCAAGGAUACUUGGAGAAGAAAAGCAAAGAUCAUAGUUUCUUUGGAUCAGAGUGGCAGAAGCGAUGGUGUGUGGUCAGCAGAGGCCUCUUCUACUACUAUGCUAAUGAGAAAAGCAAGCAGCCCAAAGGGACCUUUCUCAUUAAGGGCUACAGUGUACGGAUGGCCCCCUACCUGCGAAAAGAUUCCAAGAAAGAGUCCUGCUUUGAACUGACCUCCCAGGAUAGGCGCAGCUAUGAGUUUACAGCUGCUAAUCCAGCUGAAGCCAGAGACUGGGUGGAUCAAAUCAGUUUCUUGUUAAAGGAUCUGAGCUCCUUAACCAUUCCAUGUGAAGAGGAGGAGGAAGAGGAGGAAGAGGAAGAGACAUAUGAUGAUAUCGAUGGUUUUGAUGCCCCAAAUUCCGGUUCCCAAUGCAGACCUGUCAUCUUGCCUGGGAGUCUGGGGCUAAAAGAGCCCACAAAGGAGACAGAAGAAGAUAUUUAUGAAGUCUUACCAGUACCAGCCCUGGAGGAAUUGGAAGGGAAUGUGAGGGCAGCUGCCUACCCUCUGCUGCCAUCUCACAAGAUCUAUGGAGCAGCCGCAUGCAAGAGACAGCAAGGUAUCACAGAUGAAGAGCAUGAUCUAGAAGAGGAUGCGAAUGGCACUCCACAUAAAGAAGGUAUGAGAGCCUCACAAAUAUAUAGGUACUGGGUAGAACGUUCAGGCUUCUGA